AUGCCAGCAAUCUGUUUAUCAGUAGCACCAAAUUCUAUGCGUAUAAUUGUAGAAUGUGAUGAGUUUGCUCUACCUAUUGGAAAAUCAGCCGGCCUUCUUGCAGGAUUUUUGGGGCAUCUUGCUACAAAUCCUCGAUACUUUUCUACUGGCUUCAAGAGUUGUGCAUCCAUGCCUAAAGCUUUUGUGGACCGUGCUUUUAAUGAUUUUGUAAUGUCUCAGUUUUUCUUUACGAGUGAUCAGCAAAAGGUAAAAGGUUGGUUUAACAACUCGCUUAACAAAAAGUGGAAGGAAUUCAGGCUUACACUAUGGCAUGAGGCUGAGGAUCCAUUAUUGAGUAAAGAAGAUAUCAUCAAGAAUGCUCCAGAAGGCAUUCCCAUGGACCAAUGGGCAUUGUAUGUUAACUAUCGUUCAAAAGAGGAACAAAGGUUCUUCUUCUUCUUCUUCUUGUUUCACUACUUGUCUCUGCUGCUUUUGCUUCUGUUUUCUUUUCCCUUUUUUGUUUCGCUGCUUCAUCUCUGCCACUGUUGUGGCUUCUUUUUUUUUCCCUUUUUCGUUCUGCUUAAUGCAACUGGGCCCCUUGUUGCUUUUUCGCUUUGCUUGAGAAAUCAACGGAUUCGAGGACAACAAACACUUCCCCAUACUAGUGGUGCUACGAGUUUGGCUAGAAGAAGGGCUUUGAUGAAGAAACAGGGAAAAGAAGUUGAUCGCAACAAAGUGUGGACUGAGACUCAUAAGAGGAAAGAUGGGAGUUAUGUGAAUGAUCAAGCUAGGGAGAUUGGGGUAAGUGUUGACAUGAUUACUGUUGUUUCAUUUGAUAGAUUUAUACAGUUUUAUUAUGCUAUUUCUAUUCUUAUAGUUGCAUUUACUUGUCUAGUUAGAAUGAGGGAAAUAGGUGCAAAUGGCUUGUCUUGGACUUUUGGUGCUUGGCUAGGUUAUGGUUGCCUGUACAUAAUAGCAUGA